CAGCGCUCCACUCACCUUCAGCUGCCAGGAUGUGUUUCCGUUGCAGCCUGUCGUCGCUGCCUCGUUGACAACACCGCUACAGACGCCAACCAAAAACCGAUCGAGACGGUCACCUUGUCAACUGGGGCUCAACUGGGGUCAAGUGGCGACCACGAAAGCGUAUCCGGACUUAUCGAUUCGCCCGAGUUGCAGGUCCAUGCUGAGGUGGCUGGUUGCCAGACGAUAUGCUGGCAAAUCGACGAGGCUACCGACGAGACGAGACGAAAACUGUCAAGCCACUUGUGUCCUGGCGGCUGA